AUGCUCCUCCCACAGCUGCUCGUGACGGCCUCCCUCGCCACACUGUCGCAUGCUGCCCCUCAUCGCGACUCUCCCCAGCAACGUCUCCAGGCUGGCCUCGAGCUGCCCGAGAAGUACCUGACCAGCAAGAAGACCUCCAAGCAAAAUCCAUAUACCCCAGACUUCCGCGACCCUUAUGAUAGGGCAGUUGACCCUGUCAAGGACGACCUCGACCCGCUGCCAUGGCGCAAUGGCCUGGGUGCGUCCGUCCUCGGGCCAUGGAACCCAGAGCGUUCUCGUCAGAGCCCUGACCUGGUCAGGCCGCCCAGCACCGACCAUGGCAACAUGGCCAACAUGCGCUGGAGCUUUGCAGACUCCCACGUGAGGAUCGAGGAAGGAGGAUGGACCCGCCAGACCACCGUCCGCGAGUUGCCCACUUCCAGCGAGCUGGCUUCCGUCAACAUGCGCCUGGGCGAGGGCGUCAUCCGUGAGCUGCAUUGGCACAAGGAGGCAGAGUGGGCCUACGUACUCGACGGCUCCGUGCGUGUUACCGCGCUCGACUACGAGGGCGGCAACUUCAUCGAGGAUCUGGAGAAGGGCGAUCUGUGGUACUUCCCCAGCGGCGUGCCUCACAGCUUGCAGGGCCUGAGCCCCAACGGCACAGAAUUCCUCCUUGUCUUCGACGAUGGUCGCUUCUCUGAGGAGAGCACCUUCAUCCUGACUGACUGGCUUGCCCACACUCCCAAGUCCGUCGUUGCCGAGAACUUCCACCUCGCCCCUGAGGUCUUCGCGCACCUUCCCGCGGGCGAGAAGUACAUCUUCCAGGGCUCCAACCCGGGCUCCAUCGACGACGAGCGGCCCACGGGCAAGAACAUCAAGAAGUCAAAGUACAACUUCGCCCACAAGAUGCUGGCCCAGGAGCCCAUCGUCACCUCAGGUGGUGAGGUGCGCAUCACUGACUCCAAGAACUUCCCCAUCUCCACCACCGUGGCUGCCGCCCACGCCAUCAUCCAGCCGGGUGCCCUGCGCGAGAUGCACUGGCACCCCAACGCCGACGAGUGGAACUUCUUCAUCCGCGGCAAGGCGCGCAUCACCAUCUUCGCCGCCGAGGGCACCGCCCGCACCUUCGACUACGUCCCCGGCGACGUCGGCAUCGUGCCCCGCAACAUGGGCCACUUUGUCGAGAACAUUGGCGACGAGCCCGUCGAGAUGCUCGAGGUCUUCCGCGCCGACGAGUUCCGCGACUUCUCCCUCUUCCAGUGGCUCGGCGAGACCCCGCAGCGCAUGGUCGCUGACCACCUGUUCAAGGACGACCCCGAGAACGCCGAGAAGUUCCUCGCCAAGAUCAAGAGCGCCGCCAAGGACCCCAUCACCAAGUACUCGGACGACGAGAGCUCCGAGGCUGAUGAGGAGAAGGAGCUGUAG